AUGUGGGGACCGUGUGGGGACUGUAGGACAUUAGACGAGCUCAGGGGACCUCAGACAACCUCAGAGGAACUCAGAGGACCUCAGACGACCUCAGAGGACCUCAGUGGACCUCAGUGGACCUUAGAGGACCUCAGUGGACCUGGUUCCUGCGCUCACAUGGACUUCCUGCUUGUGCAUUCAGACCAUCAGAUGGUGGACUUUCACAAAAAGAAGAAGGAGAAGAAGAAGGAGAAAAGAAAGAAGAAAAAGAAGAAGGAGAAGAAGGAGAAGAAAAAGAAAAAGAAGAAGAAGAAACAGAAGAAGAAGAAGAAGAAGAAGAAACAAAAGAAGAAGAAGAAAGAGAAAAAGAAGGAGGAAAAAAAGAAGAAGAAAAAGAAGGAGAAGAAGAAGAAAAAGAAGAAGGAGACGAAGAAGAAAAAGAAGAAGAAGAAACAGAAGAAGAAGAAGAAAGAGAAAAAGAAGGAGGAAAAAAAGAAGAAGAAAAAGAAGGAGAAGAAGAAGAAAAAGAAGAAGGAGACAAAGAAGAAAAAGAAGGAGAAGAAGAAGAAAAGGAAGAAGAAGAAGAAGGAGGAGAAGAAGAAGGAGAAGAAGGAGAUGAAAAAUAAGAAGUGGAAGAAGGAGAAGAAGAAGAAGAAGGAGAGGAAGAAGAAAAAGAAGAAGAAGGAGAAAAAGAAGAAGAAGGAGAAGAAGAAGAAAAAGGAGAAGAAAAAGAAGAAGGAGAAGAAGAAGAAAAAGCAGAAGGAGAAGAAUGAGGAGAAGAAGAAGGAGAAGAACAAAAAGAAGAAGAAGAAGAAGAAAAAGCAGAAGGAGAAGAAUGAGAAGAAGGAGAAGAAGAAGAAAAAGAAGAAGAAGGAGAAAAAGAAGAAGAAGGAGAAGAAGAAAAAGGAGAAGAAAAAGAAGAAGGAGAAGAAGAAGAAAAAGAAGAAGGAGAAGAAUGAGGAGAAGAAGAAGGAG